CACUCCUCUUCGUGCUUAAUUCUCUAUAAUUUCUAGCACACCAAAAAAAUAAAAAAUACUAGUAAAGAUGCUGCUAGGUGUUACUAUGAAUUUGUUAAUGAGCAAGUUGUGUUUAAUUCUGUUCCUUGUUUCAAAAUUAUGCAAUGGUUAUUCAACAAAAUUGGAUUUCUAUCCUCCACCUUGCCAAAGCAAGGAGUGCCCAAAUUAUGAGUUGAUUGAAUCUGGAAAAGACUAUGAAAUUCGUCGUUACAAUUCCCUUAUGUGGAUGUCUACUGCACCAAUUGAUGAUAUUUCAUUUUAUUCCGCCUCAACAACUGGUUUCCUCAGGCUAGUUGAUUACAUUCAUGGGAUGAACAAUUACCAUGAGACAAUAGAGUUGACACUACCAGUUAUUGGUCAAGUGAAGGCUUCCUCUUUUGUUGUGAGUGUGUAUGUACCAAAGAAGCAGCAGCCAAAUCCUCCUUCAGCUAAAGGGCUUCACCUUCAAAAAUGGGGCAAAACUUAUGUCUUAGUCAGGCAAUUCAGCGGAUAUGCAACUGAUGAUGUUAUUCCAAAUGAAGCCGCUGCCCUGAGUGCCAGUAUUGCUGGCACUAAAUGGGCAGCAGCCAUCGAUAAAAGCCGAGCUGCAGAUAAUAGUACCAUGUAUACAGUCGCGCAAUACAACUCCCCGUUUGAGUUCAAGAACAGAGUUAAUGAGAUAUGGUUUACUUUUGAUUUCGAUGAAGCCCCUGCCCUGUCUUUUUAGAGGCUCUUGUUUUGAACUUUGACAUGAACUUUGAAUGUGACUCAAUCUGGAAAAGACUAUGAAAUUCGUCUGUUAAGUCCUUUUUGUAUGACCAGAAUGCUACAUUAUAUAUUGCAAAUAAAAUAGAUUGUAUAAUACAAUCUUAUUCUGAGAA